AGUGGCAAAAUCCAAUUCUGUAAACACUAGAAUACAAGAAUGUAAAUGUGGAACAUCGUAAUUAUAAAAGGAAAGGCAAACUCGUCUGCUACUUCCUUUCUUCUAUACAAAAGCCAGCAACCAUUUAUAUUCAUUGCUCCAAUCCAAACUCAAUUAAUUUUCAGAUGGAUCAUCCCAUCUCCGAUGACCCCAAAUCCCCACUUCUCCCUCUCCACCACGAUCACGAUCACGAUCACGAUCCAAUCCAACGGUCACAAAGCUUCCUGUCAGGUUUGAAAUCCAUUCUAACACUCAAGACCUUGUCCGUCCUCCUAGGACCUCUUCUGUGCACUAUUAUAUGCCUCUGUGUGAAGCUAGAUGGCCCUGUGGCUAGCCGGAACAUGCUGGCAGUGCUUGUUUGGGUCUUUGCUUGGUGGCUCACAGAGGCUGUGCCUAUGCCCAUCACCUCCAUGUCUCCGCUCUUUCUCUUCCCGCUCUUUGGAAUUGCCUCUGCUGAUGAUGUCGCUCACUCUUACAUGGAUGAUGUCAUUGCGCUUGUUCUUGGAAGCUUCAUCCUGGCUCUUGCUGUUGAGCAUUAUAACAUACACAGAAGAUUGGCCUUGAACAUAACCAUGCUAUUCUGCGGAGAUCCACUGAAUCCCCCGCUGCUCCUGCUGGGGAUAUGCGCCACGACAGCUUUCGUCAGCAUGUGGAUGCACAACGUGGCAGCAGCUGUGAUAAUGAUGCCGGUUGCCACCGGGAUCCUCCAGCGCUUUCCAGUGGGUCCCGACCAGUCCGUCGCUGUGAGCAAGUACUGCAGGGCUGUGGUUCUGGGAGUGAUAUACUCCACAGCCAUAGGAGGGAUGAGCACUCUCACGGGGACAGGUGUCAAUCUCAUAUUGGUUGGAAUGUGGAAGAGCUAUUUUCCAGAUGCAGAGCCCAUCAGCUUCAGCACCUGGUUCUUUUUUGGGUUCCCUCUGGCCUUGCUCAUGUUCUUGGCUUUGUGGGUUAUACUUUGUUGCUUGUAUUGCUCAAGGAAUUCAAGCCAGGCUCUCUCUGGUUAUUUGGACAAGGCCCAUUUGAAGAGGGAGCUUGAAAUGUUAGGUCCAAUGGUUUUUGCUGAGAAGAUGAUAUUGGCUGUGUUUUCGAUGCUGAUAGUUUUGUGGAUGACAAGAAGCAUAACAGAUGACAUUCCUGGGUGGGGAGCCCUCUUCAAAGGGCGUGCUGGUGAUGGAACAGUCAGUGUCAUGAUGGCAACUUUGCUGUUCAUAAUUCCGAACAAAAAGCAAAAGGGAGAGAAGUUGAUGGACUGGAACAAAUGCAAGAAGCUACCUUGGAACAUCAUAUUGUUACUAGGAGCUGGUUUUGCCAUUGCCGACGGAGUUCGAACCAGUGGCCUUGCAGACAUUUUAUCAAAAGCCUUAGAUUUCUUGGAGGCAGUUCCAUAUUUUGCCAUUGCGCCUGCCGUCUGUCUCAUAAGUAGCACCAUCACUGAGUUUACAUCAAACAACUCCACCACCACGCUGGUUGUGCCUCUUCUAAUUCAAAUAGCCAAAAUCAUGCAUGUAAAUCCACUCCUCCUUAUGGUUCCUGGAGCCAUUGGGGCACAAUUUUCUUUCUUGCUUCCAACAGGAACACCUUCAAAUGUAGUUGGAUUUACCACUGGCCACAUUGAAAUCCAAGAUAUGAUCAAAACCGGGUUGCCAUUAAAGAUUGCUGGAAUUGCUGUGCUCUCCCUUUUGAUGCCUACACUUGGAGCAUAUGUAUUUGGGACUAACGGACCAGUUCAAUGACUUGAAAAUUCGAAAUAUUUUCAUGUCUUGUGAAAUCUCAAGCUCAGGGCAUAAGAAAAAUAUUGUGUGUGUGUGUAUGUAUAUAUAGUCACACUCACAAGCACAAAAAUACUUCUCUUCUCUCACAAUUUUCCCCUGCUUCUUUUUUGCAUUCCUUCGUUGGUAGGUAGAGCUUGGUAUGUACAUCUAUGAUUGCAGCCAUUUGCAAUUAUAUAUAGUUUUCAAUUCUGUGUAUCUCAUUAUUUCUCUGAUCUGUAUGUGUUGUAUAAAAGUUUCUUAGGAGAAUGCUAUAUUUGCUUUUCCUACAAA